GUACUAAUAACAUAGAAAUAACUCUUGUUUCAUCCUUCUCACUUCUCUAUUAUUCUGCAACAUCCAUCUCCAAUGGGAUUACUGUUGGUUGCUAAGUGCCCCCCUGCAUCUGCUGACACGACUUUCUAGAAUAGUUUUCCAAAGGAGUUAUUCAUCUAUAUUAAGAAAGAAAUUUGUUUCAUGCAGUGGCAAGCAGGAUCAAGACAGCAAUCUGCUCCAUCUGGCUUUGAGCCAGACAAAAGCAGCUGGGGCUGGAACUGGUUGGAGAGAUGGAUGGCUGUCCGGCCAUGGGAGAACCGUUUUCUUGACAUUAAUCUUAAAGAUGGAGUUAUGAUACGUGACAAUGAAUCACCUGAGGGCAUGCUAGAGACAUCCAAGAUGAAGUCAAAGCCAGCUCUACAAGAUCUGGUUGAGGAGGCCAGCUCAAGACCUGGUGGUAUUAGUUCAAGAUCCCGCAGCAACCCCAAAGAGAGAUCAACACAAUCAGAUAAAUUCACAAAGAAGCGGUUAUCUCUACCUAACAGUGUUCCAGAUAUGGAUAACAAUCCAUAUUUCGGAAUUUCGUUUUUUCUAAUGAAUAUCAUUGCCGCUAGGUCAAACAGAUGA